AUGGAAAUGCCAAUUCCUAUGGCAUGGCUAGGGGGCUGCACAGGGAGUUGGCGUUGUGUGGGUUCCAGUGGCAUCUAUUUCUUGUUCAUUCAGUGGCCUCUUUGUUUGGUCAGGUGGGCCUUUCUGGAACUGGCUACCAGUGAGAAGUACAAUGACAGUCUGCAGGCCUACGCUGCGGGACUGGCUGAAGCGGCUGUAUCCGAGCAGCUCAUCUACAUGCACUGGAUGAACACUAUGGUGGGCUAUUGUGGCCCCUUCAAAUACCAGACUGACUACUGCGAGAAGCUGAAGAGCUACAUAGAGACCAAUCUGGCCUGGAUGGAGACGCAGAUAGAGAAAGGAGAUGCUCCUGAGUACUGGUACCAGGUGCGCCUGGCUCUGCUGCAGCUGAAGGGCCUUGAGGACAGUUAUAACGGACGAGUGGCUUUCCCCACUGGACGAUUCUCAGUGGCCCCCUUUGGGUUCCUCUUGUUCCAGCUGGGUGGUGACCUGGAGGAUCUGGAGUCUGCCUUGAACAAAAGUGGAAGAGAGCGCUCCCUGGGCUCAGGGUCUUGUUCCGCUCUCCUCAAGCUGCUGCCGGGGAACCAGGAGCUCUUGGUCUCCCACGACACCUGGAACACUUACCAGUCCAUGCUGCGCAUCAUCAAGAAGUACACGCUGCCCUUCCGGACCUCAGCCCAGAGUGAUGCUGUCAUCUCUGGGCACGUCCAGACAUUCUCAUCCUACCCCGGCACCAUCUUCUCGGGAGAUGACUUCUACAUCUUGAGCAGUGGUUUUGUGACUUUGGAAACCACCAUUGGGAACAGCAAUGCUGCCUUAUGGAAAUACAUCCAUCCAGAAGAAAGUGUCCUAGAAUGGUUAAGAAAUAUAGUGGCAAACCGGCUAGCCAGGAGUGGGGCCGAGUGGGCUGCCAUUUUCCAGCAGUUCAACAGUGGCACGUAAGUUGAGUUGCAGUCAUUCUGUCAUGUCCUCUCCCUCCCUGGCAGCCGGGUGCUCACGGUGCUGGAGCAGAUCCCGGGGCUGGUGGUCGUGGCUGACAAAACAGAAGAGUUGUACCAGAAGGGAUACUGGGCCAGUUACAAUGUGCCAUACUUUGAGGAGAUCUUCAAUGUCAGUGGCCAGCUGGAGCUGGUGAAGAAAUACGGAGACUGGUUCACUUAUGACAAGAACCCCCGGGCCCUGAUCUUCAGGCGCAAUCAGACACUCGUCCGGGACAUGGACUCCAUGAUCCAGCUCAUGAGGUCCAGCAACUUCCUGAAGGACCCACUGUCCCGGUGCCAGGGCUGCGACCCGCCCCAGAACGCGGAGAACGCCAUUGCCGCCAGGUCGGACCUGAACCCCGCCAACGGGACCUACCCGUUUGCUGCACUGCGCCAGCGAUCACAUGGGGGCACCGACAUGAAGAUCACAUCCUACGCGAUGGCCAAGGGCUACAGCCUGAUUGCUGCCAGUGGGCCUACCUGGGAUGAAGUCCCCCCUCCCCAGUGGAGCACCUCUCCCUACAGCAACCUAGUGCACAUGGGGCACCCUGACCUCUGGAAGUUUCCUCCCAUCAAGAUCUUGUGGGACUGAAAUAGAGACUGGAUCCCCUAGGGUGUGAGGCCAAGUUGGCUGGCAGACAGGUGCUGAUGGUGUCUCCUUGUCUGCUUCAGGAGGGUGGGUGGGACUGC